GAUGCUCCAGUCAUCUGGUUAGAAUCGUAUGGAGGGGUCGGAAGUAAUAAGUACGGAGAGCACCUGGUUUCUGAACCUGACGCCACCGAACAUCGACCACAGUCCCGACAGCUUCUUCCGGGGAUUCCCCGGCAAGAACUCGCCGUACACUACUACAAGGGCAAUACUGCUAGCACUGGUACUUGGAAGUAUAAUAAUCGGCACAGUAAUUGGUAACAUACUGGUUUGCGUCGCAGUAUUUCUAGUGAAGAAGUUGCGCAAGCCGUGCAACUAUCUACUGGUCAGCCUCGCUGUCAGCGAUUUCUGCGUCGCUUUGCUGGUAAUGCCAAUGGCGAUGCUCUAUGAGAUAAAGGGCAAUUGGUCCUUCGGACCUACCAUGUGCGAGAUCUGGGUCAGCUUCGACGUACUUAGCUGCACAGCCAGCAUUCUGAAUCUCUGCAUGAUAUCAGUCGAUAGAUACUACGCUAUUUCCAAGCCACUAGACUAUGGUGUCAAGAGGACGACCCGUCGCAUGAUCUUUUACGUGGCCUUCGUAUGGCUGGGAGCUGCUUGUAUAAGUUUGCCCCCACUUUUCGUUCUCGGAAAUGAGUACACACAGUCUGAUACGGGGGUGUCACACUGCUCAGUCUGCCAGAACUCGGGAUAUCAAAUUUAUGCAACCCUCGGUAGCUUUUACAUCCCGCUCUUCGUUAUGAUUUUGGUUUAUUAUAAGAUUUUCUGCGCUGCUCGUAAGAUUGUAUUAGAGGAGAAACGUGCCCAGAGUCAUCUCGAAGCGUAUUGUCACUUGGACAUUGAGCAACAGCUUCCAGCACCUAUUCUUCACCAGAAGGCCAAUUCUGAUAUGCAAACUACUCGAGGAACUUCGCCCAUCGAGCAUCACCGAAGCUCCAGUGCGUCAACAACGUGCAGCGGACACGCGGUAAAAUGCUUCGCGGGGGGACCACGAAAAAGCAACGAGUCCCAAUGCCCAAUGCUACAGCCCUGCGCGGAAAAGCUGCCAAUUUUAGUAUCAACUUCAACGAUGUCACCCCCAGUUCUAUCUCAUGGAUCUUGUCGACCAGUUAGUAGCCGUCAACGCAAGCAUGCCAACAGCACCAGCAGCGAGGUAAACUCGCCCCACAAGCAGAAGCGUCUUCGUCUCCAGCUGGCUAAAGAACGCAAAGCGAGCACAACCCUGGGCAUCAUCAUGAGCGCUUUCACUAUAUGCUGGCUCCCUUUCUUUGUUCUCGCUCUCAUUAGGAUCUUUCUCAGUGACCCCGAUGCCAUACCUGCCUUUCUCUCAAGCAUUUUCCUCUGGCUGGGUUAUUGCAAUAGCCUCCUCAAUCCAAUAAUCUAUGCCACGCUUAAUCGUGACUUCCGCAAACCCUUCCGAGAAAUCCUUUACUUCCGCUGUGGUAACCUGCAACACAUGAUGCGCGAAGAGUUCUAUCAAAGUCAGUAUGGCGAUCCGAUUAACAACUACAUAGUAAGAUCGACCAACGAGACGAUCACAACCACGUCUGCAGCUACGGCGGCAGCCGUUAGCGCAGCAGCUGCUACAGCCGCUAAUGCCACAAGGAUUGAUCAGCAGGAUAACGAUAUAAUCGAUGUUACUUCGACUAAACCGCCUAGCGAAAGCUUUUUGUGAUUCGACUGCGAGGUCGAAUAUUUAAUAACUUUGUGAAUUUACUUCUUCCGGCUUCCUCUGUUACCUUUCUACAAUCGCAUGUCAGUAUGUCAGUGCACCGAAGCUUUUCAUUGCACGGGAUAUUAGAAAAAUAUUUAUUUCUGUAAUCAGUAGUAAUUUAUUAGCCAAUUAUCCCACACAUUUGUUAAUCGUUACUAAAUUAGUUAU